AUGAAACGAUGCACGGUGCUCCGCCCAAGUAGCUUUGGGACACUGGGGCCUCUCCAGGCUCAACGAUGGCACUCCUACGACAAAGCUUCCCUGACGAGAGAGGCCCUGCUACGGAAAGUCGAAGCUGGCCUUGGGCGCGAUACGGACGGCGAGUCAUUAAAGGUCGACCCCGAGGCCAAGAUCAUCUCGACGGCGGCUGGAGAUCUUCCCAUCUCGCCGAUAUUUGAUCCAGCAUGGAUGCAGGCCAGGAGAAGGACUGCAAAGGCUGCGCCGGGUCCGCCACUAGGCAGGUUUCGACGGAAGCUGGCAAACAAUCCAUUUGCACAGGCUCUCGCUACACCAAUACGAAGAUGCCCAAGCAGCGCCACGAGCUUGCCACGCUACUUCCUACAGGACUUUGAGCUUAUAAAGCACCCGACGACUGGCACGCCCUGGUGGGCUCCCGGCCCGUUAUCUUUCGAGCAUGUCCAGCCCGCCAAGCGAUUAGACGAAGCACAAGCCAAUAUCAGCGGCGGACACGAUGUAGAGGCCUCGGCAGCGGAGCCCAUCUCAACCCCUGUUGCAGGUCCAAACGUCAACGCAGAAGCCUCGGAGGAGCACGCCCGGCGGCCGCGAAGAGCACCCAUAACGACCUACAUGCUGAACCGCAAGCUGCUGGUUGACAUGGUUGGUGGGCCAAACAAGAAAUACCUCGCAAUGCUGCUGGCGGCCCGAAGCGGCAUGGCCCUCGCCCCGGACAGUAAGACAGCAGUCUGGAGGGAAGAUAUGGGCGAUGUGCUCCUGCAGAUGAUGCGUCAACAGGCAACAGAUGCGCUAGCUACUCGUGGCAAUCGGUUACACGAACCCAAACACAGGUUCAUCGAACCCUGUGCCAAUUGGAAAGAUGUCAGAUGCGUCGGAUUGCGGGGCUGCGUUCUCUGGCUGCCUGAGAAGAAAGAUGCGGCGGAUCAGUACGCAACACUGGAUAUCGGGGAAGCUCAAUACGGAAGGAAGAUGGUUGUGCAUAAUCUACAUUGGCUACUCGGCGAGCGAGAGAUACGAGUACAGGCAGCAGCUCUCCACGGCGACAGUGAUGACAAGGGCGAUGCCAGGCAAGAUAACAACACGGCAGCUGGGCGCAACCCGGACCUUGUGUAUCUGUAUGGGCCUGUUACGAGGAUGAGUCGCAUCAGAGAGAGAGAGAUGCAGGCAGGACUCGGGAUGAAGAAGAUGCCCCUCCACGUGUGCGGCACGAGCAUCGGACAGGGCAGCAUCUGCAAGUUCAUGGUCCUACAGUACGUGAUUGCCGCUUCCACUUUACAGAGACUAGACCACUCGAUGGAACAUUCCUUGCACGCAUGCGACGGCGGUUUUGGACACCCACGCGAAUGA